UAUUUCUACGACUGCUUGUGAAACUGCGCAAUAGGCAAAAGUCUGUGCUUCUCCACUUGAAGUGUUGACGUGCAGUGUUUUGUUGAAAAGAGUCAUUUGUUUUUGGUUAUUGCUGUCUUCGAAUGUUUCAAUCAAGUGAGCGACCUGGUAUCUUGACUGAUUAUUCAAGACAAAGCUCUCCUUCUAAACGAGAUGCUCAACGGACCACAAACGUUUACAUUUGGGGGAGGAAAUUUUUGGAAGGAGAAUGGACAAUGGAAAUUGUUGCAAAAGAAAGUGAUGAUAUAUGGUACAAGGAUACAAGCCUACCAGUGGGCAGGCAAAUGAAAAGAAUUCUAACCCGAAUAAUACUUUUACAUCGUAAUUUGGACACCGUUGGAUACGCACAUGCUGUAAAUCAUCCUAUUUUGGCAAUGCGUGAUUGUCGUAACAAACCUUUUAUAAUCCACAGUGAUGCACAAGGUGUUAGUAAACGUUAUGGCAUAAGUGAGACACAGCUGGCGGCUUAUGGUAUACAUGGAACAAUGCCUGAGGUGGAGUCAGAAAAAGAUAAUUCGUCCUCUUCCUCUAAAUGAGUAAGCAAUAAUGUUCCUGUACGGAGGAGAGGAACGAGGAACCUCCUUGAAGUUACUUUCCUAACCUCUGCUCAUCAAAUAUUCAAACACUCGUUUGAAGAUAUAAGCAAUGGAAAUU